UAACUAAAACGACUGUCACAGUAACAUUUCAAAUACUAAGGCAUCUUUUACGUGGUUAAGAUUUUCACUACAGGGUCUACGAUUUCCUUAGCAUUCCAUGGAAUUAGAGGUUACUUCUGAAGGUUCAUUAUGAAAUGCAAUGCUUGCUGGAGGGAACUUGAAGGGCGAGCUAUCUCCACAACUUGUGGUCACCUGUUGUGCACAGAAGAUGCAAGCAAGAUCCUUAGCAAUGAUGGAGCAUGCCCCAUUCGUGAUCGAGUUCUUUCUAAAAGCCUCAUGAAACCUGUGGAUAUCAAUCCAAACGAUGAAUGGGUCAAUAUGGUUGGCCGGUAUAUCUCCUCAGAUAUUGCAUAUAGAAGUGUAAUGUUUUAUAUUGGACAAAAGGAACUGGAGAUGCAGUACAAGAUGAACAGAAUCGUGGCUCAAUGCCGACAGAAAUGUGAGGUUAUACAAGCAAAGUUCACCGAGAAACUGGAGCAGGUGCAUGCUGCAUACCAAAAAAUGGCCAAAAGAUGCCAGAUGAUGGAGCGAGAAAUGGAGAAUUUAUCCAAAGACAAACAAGAGCUACAGGAGAAGUUUGCUGAAAAAUCCAGGGCCAAGAGAGGACAUAUGGCCGGCAAAACAAGCUGCUCCAAUGGCAAUGGAAGCUGGGAACAGAGGAGCUGGAGCUCACUCCGCGUCUGGAAGUGGAGCUGGCAACCCCUCCAUGACUCUACGCAACUUCAUUUUGUCCCCAAUCAAACGACCUCAGCUCUCUCGUCGCCCUCAAAUGUUCACAUUGUGAGAUGGAAGCUAGUGAGGUGACAUUUGGUGGCCAAAAGGGCAGAUCAAUUCGCUGGCUUUAAGGUUCUUUCUUCUUUCUUUUGGUAGUUUUGUAGCCAUUUUUUUAUGAUAACACCGAACCUGUUCAUGAACCAUCUAAUAUUACGUAGAUUAACUUCCACCACUUAUAUACCCCGGAAAGAUAUGAUAUAAAUGUGGCUGUAAUGACUUGACAAAAUGGCAGUACAAUGCCAGAGUAGAAUUUCUA